ACAAGCAAACAAAAGCAAAGUUUAGAGUGAGAAACUAAAACAAAAGGCAACAAAAUUUACAACCAUUUCCAGUUUCCACUUCACCUUUUCAUUCAUUUCUUUUUUUUUUUUUCAAAUAUACUGAGAAUUUCAUGAUAUUCUUAUUUUUUUUAAAAUUUUUCACUUGUAUUUAUUUUAGAGAGGGAAAGCUAGAGAGCUUUUUGUAGGGAGUUGAAUUGAAUCAUUAUUAUUGUUAUAGGAGAAAAGAAACUUUGUUGUGUUUUUGUUGCAUCGGCGUCGCCGAAAAUUCCGAAGCUUUUGAGCCUGAGUUGGCUCCGAUCUGAACUCACUGAGUCGGAGCUCCGUUUGGUCGGUCUCUUUCUGCUUGAUGAGUUGGAGACGGCAAGGAGGAGGAGAUCGAUAGUUACGGAAACUCUUCAAUGGCAUCGCCAGUUAAUAUUAUUGUUGGCUCUCAUGUAUGGGUUGAGGAUCCAGUCUUGGCGUGGAUCGAUGGGGAAGUAACUCAAAUUAAUGGUCAAGAUGUUCAUGUUCACACAACAAAUGGGAAAAAAGUUGUUGCAAACAUUUCAAAAGCAUUUCCAGAGGAUACCGAAGCUCCUCCUGGAGGUGUGGAUGACAUGACUAAGCUCUCUUACUUGCAUGAACCAGGUGUUCUGCAAAACCUGGCUACCAGAUAUGAACUCAAUGAAAUAUAUACAUACACAGGAAAUAUAUUGAUAGCAGUGAAUCCUUUUCAAAAAAUACCUCACCUGUAUGAUAGUAACAUGAUGGAACAAUAUAAAGGAACAGGAUUUGGAGAGCUUAGUCCACAUGUAUUUGCAAUUGCCGAUGUUUCAUACAGGCAAAUGAUCAAUGAGGGAAAGAGCAACUCAAUUUUGGUCAGUGGUGAAAGCGGUGCUGGUAAAACUGAAACAACGAAGAUGCUCAUGAGAUAUCUUGCAUACCUGGGCGGUCGUUCUGGAGUUGAAGGGCGGACGGUCGAACAGCAAGUUCUAGAAUCCAAUCCUGUUCUUGAAGCAUUUGGAAAUGCUAAAACUGUGAGGAACAAUAACUCAAGUCGUUUUGGUAAAUUUGUUGAGAUACAAUUUGAUAAGAGCGGGAGGAUAUCUGGGGCAGCUAUACGAACUUACCUGCUGGAAAGAUCUCGUGUAUGCCAGAUCUCUACUCCUGAGAGAAAUUACCACUGCUUUUAUCUUCUUUGUGCAGCACCACCGGAGGAGAAGGAGAGGUAUAAGUUGGGAAAUCCAAAAAUAUUUCAUUAUCUCAAUCAGUCCAAUUGUUAUGAGCUUGAUGGAGUUAAUGAUGGUGAAGAAUAUGUUGCAACAAGAAGGGCUAUGGAUAUAGUUGGAAUCAAUGAGGAAGAACAGGAGGCAAUAUUCAGGGUUGUGGCUGCAAUUCUUCACCUGGGUAAUGUUGACUUUGCAAAGGGGCAGGAGAUAGAUUCUUCUGUGAUCAAGGAUGAGAAAUCUAGGUUCCAUCUUGAUGUGACAGCUGAAUUGCUCAAGUGUGAUGCUAAGAGCUUGGAAGACGCACUCAUUAAGCGUGUGAUGGUGACACCUGAGGAGGUUAUCACAAGGACUCUUGAUCCAGAAGCAGCUACUGGUAGCAGGGACGCUUUGGCUAAGACGAUAUAUUCUCGUCUAUUUGACUGGAUUGUGGAGAAAAUAAAUAUAUCAAUUGGUCAGGAUCCGAACUCAAAAUCAAUAAUAGGAGUUCUUGAUAUAUAUGGGUUUGAAAGUUUUAAGCAGAAUAGCUUUGAACAGUUCUGCAUUAAUUUUACCAAUGAAAAGCUGCAGCAACAUUUCAACCAGCAUGUAUUUAAAAUGGAACAAGAAGAGUAUGAGAAGGAACAAAUUAAUUGGAGCUACAUAGAGUUUGUUGAUAACCAAGAUGUUUUGGAUCUGAUUGAAAAGAAACCUGGAGGAAUCAUUGCACUUCUGGAUGAAGCAUGCAUGUUCCCCAAAUCGACCCAUGAAACAUUUGCUCAGAAGUUGUACCAAACAUUUGCAAAGAAUAAGCGCUUCAUCAAACCUAAGCUUUCGCGCACCAAUUUUACAAUAUCUCACUAUGCAGGAGAGGUUACGUAUAUGGCAGAUCUGUUUCUGGAUAAAAACAAAGAUUAUGUGGUGGCAGAACAUCAGGAUCUUCUGACAGCUUCAAAGUGUCCCUUUGUAGCUGGUUUAUUUCCUCCACUUCCUGAAGAAUCAUCAAAGUCAUCCAAAUUUUCUUCUAUCGGGUCCCGCUUUAAGCUUCAACUCCAAUCUUUAAUGGAGACCUUGAGUUCAACAGAACCUCACUACAUUCGAUGUGUGAAGCCCAAUAAUGAAUUGAAGCCUGCUAUUUUUGAGAAUCUGAAUGUCAUCCAGCAGUUGCGGUGUGGUGGUGUUCUGGAAGCUAUCAGAAUCAGCUGUGCUGGAUACCCCACUAGGCGAAGUUUUGAUGAAUUUCUUCUGCGAUUUGGUGUUCUUGCUCCAGAAGUUCUGGAUGGAAGCUAUGAUGACAAGGUUGCGUGCCAAAUGAUUCUGGACAAAAUGGGAUUAAAAGGCUAUCAGAUGGGCAAGACAAAAGUCUUCCUAAGAGCUGGUCAAAUGGCCGAGCUAGAUGCGAGAAGAGCAGAGGUCCUUGGAAAUGCAGCCAGGAUUAUUCAAAGACAGAUUCGAACUUACAUUGCUAGGAAGGAGUUCAUCACAACUCGCCAGGCAGCAAUUCAAAUGCAAUCAUGUUGGCGAGGUAUAUUAGCUCGCAAGCUAUAUGAACAAUUACGCCGUCAAGCAGCUGCUCUGAAGAUACAGAAGAACUUCCGCUGUUAUGUUGCUUGGAAAUCGUACUCAACAUUGCAGCAUUCUGCUAUCACAUUGCAGACAGGCAUGAGAGCAUUGAGUGCCAGGAAUGAAUUCAGAUAUCGGAAACAAACAAAGGCUGCUAUUAAAAUCCAGGCUCAUGUGCGUUGCUACAGGGAUUGGUCUUACUACAAAAGUCUGCAGAGGGCUGCUCUUGUUACUCAAUGUGGUUGGAGAGCACGAGUGGCAAGGAGGGAGCUUCGCAAGCUUAAAAUGGCCGCAAGGGAAACUGGUGCUCUCAAAGAAGCAAAGGACAAGCUGGAAAAGAAAGUGGAAGAACUUACAUGGCGGUUGCAAUUUGAAAAACGAUUACGGACUGAACUGGAAGAAACGAAAGCCCAGGAAAUUACAAAAUUACAGGAGGCUUUGCAGGCAAUGCAAGUUCAAGUAGAUGAAGCAAAUGCUAAAGUUAUUAAAGAACGGGAAGCAGCAAGAAAAGCCAUUGAAGAAGCUCCUCCUGUGAUUAAGGAAACCCCUGUUAUAGUUCAAGAUACUGAAAAAGUUGAAGCAUUAACAGCUGAGGUUGAACAAUUAAAGGCUUCAUUGAAUUCUGAAAGGCAAGCUGCAGAAGCAGCAAAGAAGGCUUCUAUAGAUGCUGAGGCCAGAAAUUCAGAACAGGCUAAAAAACUUGAAGAUGCAGAACGGAAAGUGGAUCAGCUGCAGGAGUCUCUGCAGAGGCUUGAAGAGAAGCUCUCGAAUACUGAAUCAGAGAAUCAAGUUCUUCGUCAACAAGCUUUGGCAAUGUCUCCCACUGGAAAAACUAUUUCUGCAAGACCAAAAACAACUAUUAUACAGAGAACUCCGGAGAAUGGAAAUAUUCCAAAUGGUGAAACCAAGGUUGCACAUGACAUGACUCUUGCUAUAGCCAGUCCAAAAGAGUCUGAAUCUGAGGAAAAACCACAAAAGUUUCUUAAUGAAAAGCAGCAGGAGAACCAAGACUUGCUCAUCAAGUGCAUCUCUCAAGAUUUGGGAUUUUCUGGUGGCAAACCAAUUGCUGCUUGUUUGAUUUACAAAUGCCUUCUUCAUUGGAGAUCAUUUGAAGUUGAGAGGACUACAGUGUUUGACAGAAUCAUCCAAACAAUAGCUUCAGCAAUAGAGGUCUCAGACAACAAUGAUACAUUAACUUACUGGUUGUGUAAUACUUCUACGCUGUUAAUGCUGCUCCAACACACACUCAAAGCCACUGGGGCAGCUAGUUUGACUCCUCAAAGGCGGAGGUCAUCAUCAGCCUCACUUUUUGGGAGGAUGUCUCAAGGAUUACGGGGAUCUCCACAAAGUGCUGGGCUCUCAUUUCUUAAUGGCCGGGUGCUUGGUAGACUGGAUGACUUGCGUCAAGUUGAGGCUAAAUAUCCUGCUUUGCUGUUCAAGCAGCAGCUUACUGCUUUCCUUGAGAAGAUCUAUGGGAUGAUUAGGGACAAUUUAAAGAAAGAGAUUUCUCCAUUGCUUGGCUUGUGCAUCCAGGCUCCUAGGACAUCUCGUGCUAGUUUAGUAAAAGGACGCUCUCAAGCUAAUGCUGUUGCUCAACAAGCUUUGAUUGCUCAUUGGCAGAGCAUUGUGAAAAGCCUAAAUAAUUACUUGAACAUAAUGAAAGCAAACUCCGUUCCUCCCUUCUUGGUCCGUAAGGUUUUCACUCAGAUAUUUUCUUUCAUCAAUGUUCAACUUUUUAACAGUCUUCUUUUGCGGCGUGAGUGUUGCUCCUUCAGCAAUGGGGAGUAUGUCAAGGCUGGGCUCGCCGAAUUAGAGCAAUGGUGUUGUUCUGCAACUGAAGAAUUUGUAGGCUCCGCAUGGGAUGAACUGAAGCAUAUCAGACAGGCUGUUGGCUUCCUAGUUAUUCAUCAAAAGCCCAAAAAGACAUUGCAUGAAAUCACAAAUGAGCUUUGUUCGGAGCUUAGCAUACAGCAGUUGUACAGGAUAAGUACAAUGUACUGGGAUGACAAGUAUGGCACCCACAGCGUUUCUUCAGAUGUUAUUUCAAAUAUGAGAGUUAUGAUGACAGAGGACUCUAACAAUGCAGUUAGCAGUUCCUUUUUGUUGGAUGAUGACUCAAGCAUCCCAUUCUCUGUGGAUGACAUCUCCAAAUCAAUGCAACCAGUGGAUGUUGCUGACAUUGAGCCUCCGCCACUAAUCCGAGAGAAUUCAGGUUUUGCAUUUUUGCAUUAGAGCUCUGGAUGAUGAUUAUCAAGUUUUUAUUCUAAAUCAUCACCUCAUCUCUGGAAGAUUGAAAUCUGCGCAUCAGCUGGUGUGCAGAAACUUGUGCAUAAAUUUUCAUUUUCGGUUGCAUAUUUGUCUUGUAAAUUUACUCCAUUAGCUCAGGUAACAGUUAAUAUAUGUUAUCUGAGUCAAUUUUUUGAUUCCCCUCGUGCAUUUCCCGACACGAGAGGUAUUAUAGCACAAAGCUAUAGGGGCUAGUACUGUGAUGGCAAUUAGUUAAUAUAGAGUCAUGAUUGGUUUUUCAGUUGGUGUGUGCUGGGGAUUUGAGUGUAAAUUUGAAGCAAUUUUAGGUUCUUAACUUUUAGUGUGGACUUAGAAUGCAGUUAGGUUGCUACUGUAUUUUGAAAUACAUGUAAAAAGUCUCCCUAAGGUUUUAUUGGUUUAUAUAUGAAUGACUUGAUUACAUUCUUUUUC